CAGAAAGAACGGUACAAAUGCAGGCAGGGCGCAGGACAAAGCACUCGGGACAAAAUUGUAUUGAGUGAAUGUCACUUUUGGUCAUUUUCAAAUUUCCUGCCGUUCUGUCCCUGUACAUCCCGACGCUUGCAGGGGACGGAACCUAGAUGACAGAUGCCGGCAUCCGCCGGAUUACAUGGCCGGGGGGACACUGCAGGAGGGACAUCGCGGGAGCGCAGGACAAGGUAAGUGAAGAACAGAUGCCGGAGCAGCGCUGCAUGGUAAGCCCGAGUGUAGCUCGGGGUUACCGCUUUUGGUACUGAAA